AUGUCACAUAAUUUUGAAGAUAGAAGUGUUAAUAAUCUUUUAAAAGAGAUAGAUGAUCUAAUUAAUAGAAUGGGAGAUUAGAAUGAAAGUUACAAAAGUGAUAAUUCUUUUAAAGAUUAAUUAAGAUAGACAGGUCGAUUUGUAGUGGACAAUGAAUAGCCAUGUGAUGUACCUAAGAAAUUUAGCAUGUCGAUACCUAAAAAACAAAAUAAUUCUUAAUAAAAGAAAGUUACUAUUGUUGCUGAGAAGAAAUCAUCAUCAUCUUCAUCUUCCUCUUCAGAUGAAGAAUAUCAAGUGAAUAAAAAGAAGAAAUUUAAAAAAGAUUAAUAAAAGCAAUAAUCUAAAUAUAGUCCAAAUAAAGCAAAAUGGAAUGGAUCAUAAUGCUCUUAUAGAUCUAAAGCUAAAUCAAAUAUUAAAUGUGAAACUCAAUCUUAAUUAUCAUAAUUAAAAACUUAAUAAUCUUAAUUACUUGUAUAACCUGUCAAAGAUGUAUUUUGUUUAAUAUGUGAAGAAUUUAUUCCCAUUGAUAUAGUUAAUAUUCAUAUGACAGAUUGUUAAUAAAUUUCUAAUGGUUGUGAUGAAGAUUAAAUAUUAAAAUUAAAAUUAGAAAAUUAUAAAAAACUUUUAAGUUUAAGAUUUGAAGCAAGCAGUGAUGAAAAUGUUAAAUAAUUGAUUGAACUAUUGUAUAACUGUACUUAAUAAAUUCUUGAUGUAUCAGAUUAAUAUUAGCUAUCUUAAAUUAUUGAAGAUUUAUAUGUCUUGAAAACAUAAUUAAAUUAAAAUAGUAAUUAUGAAUCAUAUACUAAGUCUAGCUAAAGCCUAUCAUGUCUUGACAGUGGCUUAAAAAAUUUAAGAAAUAGCUAAUAGAAAAAUGUAAGUUCUUAUUUCAGAAUAAGAAAAACAUUCAGAAGUUAGAGAAAUAUCACAUUAAAAUAAAAUUAAUUUCUAGAAAUAAGAAUAAUUCAUUGAGUAUAUUAUUAUAUUGAUUAUUUAUUAGUCGUCAAACAGUUAUUAGUUAUGCUACUAAUACUACUUCUAAAAAAAGAUUAUUUGAAUCACCAUCAUUUUAACAUAUGCCCAAAUAAUUGGUCAAAAUAUCUAGUAUUAAUACAAAGCCUAUCUCACAAGUUUAAAUUUAAACUAAAUCACCUGUAAGAUAAGAUUAAAUGAAUUAAAAAAAUGGUAUUGAAUUUGGAAAUAAUUAUGAUUCUUAAAAAAAGAGAUCUUACAUUUAAUUAUCUAAUUCUAAGAAUUAAUCUAAAAUUCAGACAAUUUAAAAUCAAUAAGAGAACAAUAAUAGAGAAUCUGAACCUACUGUUAUUUCUAAAAUUUAAUCAUAUAUUUCAAAUGUGAAAGGCAAAUUCUCAAAUGAAAAUGAAUUAAUAAAAAAAAAGUUCUUUCUUUAAGCAUGCAAAUGUAAAGAUAAAUUUCCUGUAAAUCAUCCUGCAUAAAAUAUAUUAAUAUCUGAAAUGUUUAAUCAAAGUUAAAGAUAAUAAAUUCCAGAAAAUGAAUGGGAAGUAUGGAUUUGUAAUGUUCUUUAAAAUGCUUGA